CAAAACAGUGAGUGCCUCACUCACCGUUCUUUUUCAACUCAAAAAAAGAAAAAAUAAAUAAAAAAACACAAAAUACGUAAAAAAUCUUUAUAAAAAAUAAUUAAGUACCGGAACAUCUAAACGAGUAAACUACAAAAUUAAAAAAAAAAAGAAAAUUAAAAAUCGCAAAUACUGUAUUUUUUUCUUUUUCUUUUUGUUUAUAAAACAGAACGGAAGGCCUCGGGCUUAUCUAGCCUGAAGUUUUAAGACUGAAUUUUAAAUAAAUAUUUAAAAAGAAGGAAACUUGAAAACGCCUGGAGUUUUGAAGGGACUCCGCAUCCCUGUUUCAUGCUAUUCCUGGGACUGUCAGUUCUCCUGCCAUCUUGAGUUGACGGGUCCAGUAAAAGUUUUACGGAAUACUGAGUUUUAUGUUUUAAAAUUCAUAACUUAUGUAAUACAAAGCGGCAUACCUUACGCUGUCUAAAUACAUAAUAAUUUCGGAAACAGUGAUAGCGCUACUGGGAAUUUUGCAGCACGUCUCUGACAAUAGGUUUCGCCCAAACGUUUUCAAGAUCGAGAAAUGAAUACAGCGACAGCGGGGAGUUAUCCAAUGGCUUCUCUCUAUGUUGGCGACCUGCACCCCGAUAUAACCGAGGCAAUGCUGUACGAGAAAUUCAGCCCCGCCGGACCGGUCCUUUCUAUUCGGGUUUGCCGUGACAUGAUCACCCGACGUUCUUUGGGUUACGCCUAUGUGAACUUUCAACAACCCGCAGACGCGGAGAGAGCCCUGGACACCAUGAACUUUGACGUGGUGAAAGGCAAGCCCAUUCGCAUAAUGUGGUCUCAGAGAGACCCCUCGCUCAGGAAGUCCGGAGUGGGGAACGUAUUCAUCAAAAACCUGGACAAGUCCAUAGACAACAAGGCACUCUACGACACCUUCUCUGCCUUUGGAAACAUCCUGUCCUGCAAGGUGGUUUGUGACGAAAACGGGUCCAAAGGUUAUGCGUUUGUGCACUUCGAGACACAGGACGCGGCCGACCGUGCCAUCGAGAAGAUGAAUGGCAUGCUUCUGAACGACCGCAAGGUGUUUGUGGGACGUUUCAAGUCUCGCAAGGAGAGGGAGGCUGAACUGGGUGCCAAAGCGAAGGAGUUCACCAAUGUGUACAUCAAGAACUUCGGGGAGGACAUGGACGAUGACAGGCUCAAGGAACUCUUCGAUAAAUAUGGUAAAACACUCAGCGUGAAGGUUAUGACAGAUCCCACCGGCAAAUCGCGAGGCUUUGGGUUUGUGAGCUACGAAAAACAUGAAGACGCCAACAAGGCUGUGGAGGAGAUGAACGGCACGGAGCUCAACGGAAAGACUGUGUUCGUGGGCAGAGCUCAGAAGAAGAUGGAGCGGCAGGCAGAGCUGAAGAGGAAGUUCGAGCAGCUGAAGCAGGAGAGGAUAAGUCGAUAUCAGGGUGUGAACCUCUACAUCAAGAAUUUGGACGACACCAUUGACGACGAAAAACUGCGCAAGGAAUUCUCCCCCUUUGGCUCCAUCACAAGUGCCAAAGUAAUGUUGGAGGAGGGUCGCUCAAAGGGCUUUGGCUUCGUGUGCUUCUCAUCCCCUGAGGAGGCCACUAAAGCCGUGACAGAGAUGAACGGACGCAUUGUGGGCUCCAAGCCACUCUACGUAGCCCUGGCCCAGCGCAAGGAGGAGCGUAAAGCCCACCUCACCAACCAGUACAUGCAGCGGAUCGCAGGCAUGAGGGCCAUGCCCGCUAAUGCCAUCAUCAACCAGUUCCAGCCCGCCAGUGGCUACUUCAUGCCCGCCGUGCCGCAGGCCCAGAACAGGACCACAUAUUAUGCUCCUAACCAGCUGGCACAGAUGCGACCCAACCCACGCUGGCAGCAGCAAGGAGGCAGAGCGCAAGGUGGAUUCCAGGGGAUGCCCAACUCCCUGCGCCAACCCGGUCCCCGCGCCAACCUGAGACACCUUGCUCCCAACGCCAACACACAGGGCCCGAGGGGUAUGCCAACAGGGGCACAGAGAGUGGGAGGCAGUGGUCAAACCCUAGGUCCACGCCCCUCCAUGGGUGUUCCCACCCCACGUGCCAUGCCACCCUACAAAUAUGCCACCAGUGUGCGCAACACUCAACCGCAGGUGGUACAGCCUAUCGCCCUUCAGCAGACACAGCCAGCUGUUCACGUCCAGGGACAGGAGCCACUGACAGCUUCAAUGCUGGCUGCAGCCCCCCCACAGGAGCAGAAACAGAUGCUGGGGGAGCGCUUGUUCCCUCUGAUCCAGGCCAUGCACCCUAGCCUAGCUGGGAAGAUUACUGGGAUGCUGCUGGAGAUCGACAACUCAGAGCUGCUCCACAUGCUGGAGUCCCAUGAGUCUCUGCGCUCCAAGGUGGAGGAAGCAGUUGCCGUGCUACAGGCUCACCAGGCCAAGAAAGACGCUACACAGAAAGUGGGGGUCAUCGCAACGGCUGCAACAGCUGCCACGUCUUGACCUGUGUAGAGGCACAGAUCACUGAACUACUACAAAUAGGGUUGGUACCAGGAACUGAACAGUCAGGAGAGAAUCACUACACUUGGGCAACUUUAGCCUGGGUCCCUCUCAACAACUGAAUGCAAAAACGCAUACUUGAAAUAAAUUUUAAAAAGUAUAAUUACAGUUAUUUGAAAUUAUAUUUUAGUACUGUAAUAAUUUAAUAAAAAGAUAUAUAUUAAAAAUAGAACACAGUGGAGAAGGAUUUAUUUCAACAACAAAAAAAAUCUGAUCCCUCCACUUUGUGGCCAGGACAGAUCCUUUUUUUUCUAUUAGAAAAUAUAUACUUUUCUUUUGUUUGGAAGCUGUGAGUGUUUGGUGGUUUGAUUGGGACUGUUGGUUUCCUCUAUCCCGAUGUAAGUUUGGGUGAUGUGACUCUCUCAAUAAAGGUAUGAAAUUAUCA